GCUCCCCGAGUUCGCUCUCCGCAGCCCGCGGCGCCUCCGGCAGUGUGGGUCUCGGUGCGCCGGGGAAAGCCGUCCGGGCCUGCCGCUACCGCCGCGGCCGGGCCAGGGUUCCGGGCGGACCCCGCGGGCUCAGAUGCCCUGAAAGUUGGAGUGAUUACUGAGCCUAAGAUUCUUCCAGCUCUGAAAUUCAGCUGCUGACAUGUUGUUUCGAAAACUUACAUCUGCUAAAAUCUGUUCCAAGUAGGUGCUUCAGCGUUUGGAGCGGCCGCGGCCUGAGGACCGGUCUGAAGCUGGCCUCUGCAGGGGGCCCUGGCACCCUCCCCAGACGUGCAGUGGCUGUGGCGUCGGAGGGGAGGCCGCCCAGGCUCCUGCCGCCACCAGCUGCCUCCCUGUCAGCUUUACGGGCAGACCCGCUAAGGUUGUGUGGAUCACACAGUUCCUGCCUCAGUAGAAGAGUCCAGAAAAGGGAACCAUUUCCUCAGCGCCGCCUUGAGGAUGGACCCGGCAGACCCUCCUGGCGACCCCGCUGCCGGCGACCCCGCCGCUGGAGACACAGACCACCCUGGCAACUCCACUGGCGGCGAGCGCCAUUGCACAGGCCAGGACCCACUCCUGUUCCGGCAGGCCCUGCAGACACUGUGGUCCACGCGAGAGCUGCAGCAGCUCCGGGAAGAGGCCUGGCGGGGGUUUGCUGCCCUGGAUGACCCACUGACCGGACUCCUGGACAUGCUGGAAGGCAGCCAGGCCUGGCAGCGGAAGGGCCCCUCCCUGGAGGCCUGGGUAGUCUGUGAGCUGCACCGCUGGCUGCAGGCACGGCCACUCCCUGCGCCGGCCCAGCACAGCUCAAGCCUGCAACAGCUACAGGCCCGUGCAGUCAGGGUCCUCGCCAGGAGCCCCCCUAGUCUCGUGGAGCCACUGGUCAGCAUCUUCCAGCUGCAGGACGCAGACCGGAGCCCCCUGCUGACUCACAUCCACCAGCUCCACCAGGAGGGCAAGUUCAAAGAAGCUGUCGUGCUGGGCUCCAGGCUGAAGUUGCAGCCAGCACUUGAUGUUGAAAAGAUGUGCACCCCACUGCUCCUCCAGGACAGAGUGAGCCUCGUGGAGCGUUAUGUGGCCGGCUUCCCGGACCUCCAGAGGAGGCUGCUGGCCCUCCUGGACUCCUGGUGCCGGCCCGGCUUUGACAUCGGAGUUGUUGCCAGGCAGCACCCACAGGUGACCUCGAGGCUGGAGAGGCUGAGUCCCAGAGUGCUAAGUCGGCGGGUCCUGAGCCAGCUGGAGCGGCUGGGCCUGGACCCGGCUCUGUGUCCCAACGCUGCCACUCAGCAGCGCCUGGCCGCCCUGCGCUACCUGUGCUACAAGCGGUUUGUGGAGAGAAGUAUGUCUCAGGAGAACUGGGUGGACCACGUGCAGGGCCUGGUGGGCCGGGAAGAGUGGCCCCAAGAGAUGGUAGUGCAGCUGCUGGCCUCCCCCGGCAACGAGGCCGUGGCCGCGCAGUGCGCCCUGGGCCUCUCGGUGCCCGAGGAGCAGCUGCCAGCCACAGUGGCUGCCGAGCUCCGCCGGCUCGAACUCCAGGAGAGGGUGGCCAGGGCGCCUUUGGAGGACAGGAAGGGUGAUUAUUACCAGCUGCCCAUCGCCAGGGAGGACAUCCACUUCCUGGCCUCUUGGGAGGACUUGGCCAGGCAUGAGGAGGCGUUGCUGCAGCCCGGCCAGGUGGUCGGGGUCGACGUGGAGUGGAGACCCUCGUUUGGCACGGGGGGCCGGCCCCAGGCAUCAGUCAUGCAGUUGGCAGUGGAGGGCCGCGUGUUCCUGCUGGACCUGCCUGUGCUCUCGCGGCCAGCGGGAGGGCAGGUGUCGAAGGCCUUCUCCAGGCUGGUGUUCCGGCUGCUCUCGGACCCCUCCAUCACGAAACUGGGUUAUGGGCUGGCGGGGGACCUUCGGAGCCUGGGUGCUUCCUGCCCGGCCCUGGCGCACGUGGAGAAGCGGCUGUGGGGCGGCCUGGACCUGCUGCGGGUGCACAGGCAGAUGCGGGUGGUGAACAUGCCAGCUGGAGGCAUGUGUGAGGCCAGGGGGCUGCGGGGCCUCAGCCUCCUGGUGCAGCAGGUCCUGGGCAAGCCCCUCGACAAGACGCAGCAGCUCUCUAACUGGGAUCGGCGGCCGCUGAGCGAGGGGCAGCUGGUUUACGCAGCUGCUGACGCCUACUGCCUGCUGGAGGUGCACCAGGCGCUGAGCAGAGAGCCUGCCAGCUUCUCCCUGUCUGAGGACCUGGCCAGGAGCCUGCAGCCAGGGUGCAGUGAGAGACCGGGGGCCCCGGAGCCGCCCCGCCUGCAGGAGGCCUCAGCCCUGCCUUGGCAGGUGCCUGUGGCCGAGCGCGAGGACGCCGCUCCAGAGGUCCCGGCCAGGGCCUUCCGCGUGGUGUGCGACAACAUGCUGCAGGGGCUGGCAAGGAGCCUCCGCUGCUUGGGCGCGGACGUGCGCGUGCUGGGCACCAGCGAGGACCACCGAAGGGCAGCUGAGGUUGCCAGGCAGGAGGGAAGGAUCAUCUUGACGUCGGGGCUGCCGUACCACAAGCUCCGGGCCCAGGUCGGGGCUGGGCGCUGCCUCUGGGUGGACUGCUCCCUCAAGGCCCGUCAGCAGGCCAAGGCCGUGCUCAGGCAUUUCAACGUUCGGGUCACCCACGCAGACAUCUUCAGCCGCUGCCAGGCCUGUAACUGUGACCAGUACCUGAAGGUCUCCAAGGACAUGAUGAAGCAGCUGGUGAGGCUCAGCAGCCGCCCGGAAGGCCCCAGCAUCACAGGUGAUGAGGCCACCCAGAGCGAGGACAUACAGGAGUCAGAGGAGGCCCCAGAGGAGGCCCCCGGGGGCUGUACCUACGACCCACCUUGCCGCUGGCUGGAGGCCGCAGACCUGCGGGCUGGUGCGCCUGCCACACUGGCCAGUGGCACCCAGCUGCAGCUGGCAGGGGUCCCGGAGGGCGUGCUGCGGCGGCCGGGGCUACGCCAUUUCUACUGCCGCUCUGGCUGCGGCAAGGUCUUCUGGGAGGGCUCCCACCUGUGCCGUGUCACCUCGCAAUUCGGCCAGAUCCUGAGCAGCGCCUCCAGCUCCUGGAAGCAGAGCUGAGCCCCCAGGCCCACGGGCCUGCACUGCCCCCUGGGGCAUCCACCCACCCACCCCCAGCAAUACAGGUAAUAAAAGUCCUGAC